GCCCUGAAAGGUUCCGUGCCCCUUAUCGGGCCGCUUGUUUGGCUGCUGCCGUCACCUCAUGGCGACGCGAGUAGAGGAGGCAGCGCGGGGAAGAGGCGGCGGCGCCGAGGAGGCUAUUGAAACCGGACGGGGCGGACGGCGACGCAGCCCGCGGCAGAAGUUUGUGAUUGGCACAAUGGAAGAAGCUGGAAUGUGUGGGUUAGGGGUGAAAGCAGACAUGUUGCGCAACUCUCAAUCAAAUGAUAUUCUUCAACAUCAAGACUCAAAUUGUGGUGGUACGAGUAACAAGCAUUCAUUGGAAGAGGAUGAAGGCAGUGAUUUUAUUACAAGGAACAGGAGUUUGAUGAGCCCAGCAUACUGUACACAAGAAUCGAGGGAGGAAAUUCCUGGGCGAGAGGCUCGAACAGAUCCCCCUGACGGUCAGCAAGAUUCAGAAUGCAACAGAAACAAAGAGAAAACAUUAGGAAAAGAAGUUUUAUUAUUGAUGCAAGCCCUAAACACCCUUUCAACUCCAGAAGAGAAACUGGCAGCUCUCUGUAAGAAAUAUGCUGAUCUUCUGGAGGAAAGCAGGAAUGUUCAGAAGCAAAUGAAGAUUUUGCAGAAGAAACAAGCCCAGAUUGUGAAAGAGAAAGUUCAUUUGCAGAGUGAGCACAGCAAGGCUAUCUUGGCAAGAAGCAAACUAGAGUCUCUUUGUCGGGAACUUCAGCGUCACAAUAAGACAUUAAAGGAAGAAAACAUGCAGCAGGCACGAGAGGAGGAAGAAAGACGUAAGGAAGCCACCGCACACUUCCAAAUUACUUUAAAUGAAAUCCAAGCACAGCUCGAACAACAUGACAUACACAACGCCAAGCUCCGCCAGGAAAACAUCGAACUGGGAGAGAAGCUUAAGAAGCUCAUUGAGCAGUACGCACUGAGAGAGGAGCAUAUUGAUAAAGUGUUCAAACAUAAGGAGUUACAGCAGCAGCUUGUGGAUGCCAAGCUUCAGCAGACGACACAGCUAAUAAAAGAAGCUGAUGAAAAACAUCAAAGAGAGAGAGAGUUUUUAUUAAAAGAAGCCACAGAAUCAAGGCACAAAUAUGAACAAAUGAAACAGCAAGAAGUACAACUAAAACAGCAGCUUUCUCUUUAUAUGGAUAAGUUUGAAGAAUUCCAGACUACCAUGGCAAAAAGCAAUGAACUGUUUACAACCUUCCGGCAGGAGAUGGAAAAGAUGACAAAGAAAAUUAAAAAACUGGAAAAAGAAACAAUAAUAUGGCGUACCAAAUGGGAAAACAACAACAAAGCGCUUCUGCAAAUGGCUGAAGAGAAAACUGUCCGUGAUAAAGAGUACAAGGCCUUUCAGAUAAAACUGGACCGGUUAGAGAAGCUGUGCAGGGCUCUUCAAACGGAACGGAACGAGCUCAACGAGAAGGUGGAAGUCUUGAAGGAGCAGGUCUCGGGGAGGGCUGCAGGUGCGGACCUAGCACUGCCUGGGACGCAGCCCUACACUGCCCCGGUGUCCCCCAAGGAGCCGAACACUGCUUCCGAAAGCGCCCCGGGAGUCUCCCCGGAGGCCGUGCCCAAGGCGGCGAAGGAGAGAACGGCCGUGUCCGCCGGGCCAGGUAUCGAGUCCGUCGACUGAAAUGAAGUAUGAUCACUGUAUCGAGAGCUAUAUUUUGUGUAUAACUUUCUGUUAGUAGUAACUAUUGGUUUUGUGGUGAAAAUUUUCUUACUUUUUCUACCAUAUCUGUAUUUUCUUAGAACUACUGGACUUACGUGGUACAGGAGGCUGCUUAGCAGUUUUGAAUAGUUUUCCUUCGAUACGUUUUCCUCAGCCGUGUUGCACAUCUGCCUCAUUUCCCUCCAUUGGAACGCAUGUGACCAUUGCUUUGUCCUAUCUUCCCUAUUCCUUGCACAGAAUUAUUCUCAUUUCACUCGAGAUGGGACCGAUCAUUACAGGGGAACUUUGUUCUGAUAAUGGUUCCUUGGUGUGAAAACCAUAUUCAUUUCAACAUCCCGGCCCCUCGAUUAAUAUUACUCAAAAAGAAAUCAAGAUGAUUAGCUUUGUCUUAACGGUCCAUUUAAAUGCCAAGUAAAAAUAAAGUAGGGUUGGGUCAGAAACCAGCAUAGCAUCUUUGAUUCAGAUUAGCUUUUUGAUAAUAUUUAUAUCACUUGACAAAUUGACAUGGCUGCAAGCCUCAAAUUAUUCAAAGUUUCGGCAGAUUAUGUACAUAAAGGUGUCGCUUUUAAAAUAGUAUAUACAGGCAAAUCAUCGGACAAACAGGCUUAAUCUUGUGACUAAAAACAAUCCUACUGCUUCGGUUUCAGGUUAGAACUAGAACCAGUGUUUGAACUUGGACCACCUAGACACUUGGACCGCCGUGGAAUAAUAUGGUCGUUUGUUGGCUUUGUUUGGGAUUUGGGUGCACAUCCUCCACUUCCCGCAGAAAGCAGCCACUGGUGGUUGUCAUUUUAAGCUGGGGAGGGUUCAAUUCGCGUGUAGCUUUCAUCAAGCGGAAGUCCCUCCUCUGCUGCCUUCUGGCUACUUGAAAUUUGGUGUUCAGCUAGUUGCGUGAAUCCCAACAGCAGUUCUUCAGGUUUUUAAAAAGGGAAUUUUAAUUGUGGAUCACGCUAACCGAAACAUUUUAUUUCCAAAACAGAAAAGACUGGAACUCACAUUUUUAACUGUGGGAAGACUUGGCAGAGAGUUUUAAGUAGUCAGGAUCCAUUACUUAGGCUCUUGGUGUGUGGCUCUACCACCCCCUUUUCUUACUGUCUUUUAAGAGAAAAGCCAGUAUUAAUUAAUCUAGGUCUCUGCAAUUGGCUUGGACUGGGGGAACUUGCCCUCUGAAGCAUGUCACUUCUGAAUUUGUUCGGCUUUCCUUUGUUCUUAAUCAUGUUGAGUGUGGCUGAGUUAUGCAAAUGAGAGGUCAGGUUGCACCAUGAAAGCUUGGACUUUGAUUUGCAUUGAAAAUACUUUAUGAAAUAAAAAGGCUCUACUAGAAUGGAUGCUCUAGCACAUUCCACUGAGCACAACUAUCAAACUGAAAUUGCUCACUGGACUGAAGUUUGUUCUGUCUAGUUAAAAAGGUUUUCUCUUUAAAAUUGUAAAGUCCUGUCACAGUCCUAGUCUAAACUGGGUUCAGAGAAUCGAAAGUUGUCUAAAGGAAACUUCCACCCUCGGUCAUAUGAAAUUGAGGGGUCAGACAGUGGAGGAAAAGAAAAGCACAGAGCACAUUCUGUCAUUACUGUCAAAAGGAGUCGGAAGCAAAAACAAAUACCCCUCCUCCAACGGCCUCUUGUUAUAAAUACUCCUUUCUGCUACUAGAUGAAAUGUUGGACUCGUUUCCCCUAGAGGAGGUGAAGGUAUAUAUCAAAUAUAAUCUACUUUGAAAUUAGUACUAAUGAUUUCACAAGAACUCUGCUGAAUGUACAGCUCUUACUGUUGAAGCCAUUUGUGUAGCUCACCACGUUUCUUUGUGGUGCUUGUCCUGUGUGGAAGAUGUAAAUCUUGGACCUGUUGCAUAUUUUCAAGGGCUUUAUAAAGCAAUGUGAUUAACAGUACUUGGCCUGCUGCUUUUGGCUUGCUAUGUAUUUGUAGCUAGAUGCGAUCACGGUAUUUCAGGGAGGUAGAUUCUGCUUGGGAUGCACUAGGUGUCCUUUCAGAAUCUUGCCUCCCCCUUACCCUGUGAAUCAAAACAAAUGGGACCCUCUGAGGAGAUCUCCUCCCCACCCCCAAGCUGUCACCUCACCAGCUCAGUGUUGUGGCUUUGUAGCACGCCCUGUGUCCACCAUAUUCUAGAACACUGUAAUGCUCUUAGGCUGGUCCAGAAAAGGUUUAAGUGUCGAAUUCACUUCAGUUGCAUUUGUUGCACCAUCCUGGGAUCUUGCUGUGUAUUAUUUCUAGUGGCGGUAGACUCCAAGGAGUAGAGAAUACUUGGAUCAUGGACCAUUUCACCCUCAGACUUGUUAGGAGUACAUUUCUUGGUCUUGAGACCAGUGUUUUUUUAGUUAUGUAUGCAACUGCCUUUAUUACACCUGGUUAUCACAAUUCAAUUCUCAGGUGUUGCAGAAAAAUCUACCUCUUUCAGACUGUAGAUGGAAAUAACUGUGAAAAAAAAAGAUGCAGAGAUCUUCUAGUUUGUGCUAAACACACUGCUUUAUUUUUUACAGCCCACGUCUUUCAUGAGGAUACGAAUUGUUCAGAGGCAGUCUUGUUUUGCUUUUCAAAGACAUUUUGUAGAGAUUUUUCACUAAUGUGAAUCUGAUUUUAUCUACUCGAUUCUGUAUAGAUGAAGUAAAUAUGUAUGAUAAAUUUAA